AUGACUUCACAUGCCCAACCUCGAGUUCGUCGGUGGGGCAAUCAGCUAUCACAGGCUGACAUCGACAUCACACACAAUCCUCUUGGUCCUCACUCGGAUUUUGGUUUCAAUUAUAACCAUCAACUCAAUGAUCAAGGCAAUUAUCAGACCCAAUCAGCAUGGCUCCCACCUCAGCCAUCGCCACCUCAUGCCCACCAUCAUGUAGCCUCAAGUUCAACAAGUUCGACUCUGGCUGCAAGCCACUACUCAUCGUGGGCUCCACACCAGCACUCGCAAGGUAUUCAUGGGUCAUGGUUGCCGCAGGGCCUUGAUUAUGGGCUGGGUGCAGCUGAUCAGGAUCAGUCGUUUUGGCAGCCAUUGCCCUCCGGGCAAGCCCUGCCUGAGCCUGUUAUUGCCCACCCCCCUCCACCCAGCCCAACUCCGCCUGCAAGCUUGCCCCUCCUUGGGCUGACUCACCAGACUGACGAGUCUCGGGCUCAGGCUCUGCCAGUUCCAUCUGUGAACCCAUCCGUGUUUGACAACACGUUGCACCAUCAAAAUCUCACCAGUCUUUCCCGCUCAUCCCAUAAGAUUUUUGAUGACAUUUCCCAGCAUCUGACUGCAUUCAAGACGACAUUGUUACCUACCGAUGCUGAUGUGGAUAGUAUGGUUGAUGUGUCAUGUAGGGCUGUGGCUAGUCAACAAAUUGAUGAGACACUCCAGGCCUGGGUGUUGGAUAAGCUGGAAAAUGAGAAGGACUAUUACAGAACGAGGCUCGAGCCCAUACUCAUGACUAUAUCUGGCAGUAUGGUGGCGGCAGCUAAAACAUUCACCUAUAUCAAAUAUGGCCUUAGUUUUGACUACACCACAGCGGUGAAUGGCACCCACGUCGCUGAGCGCGCAUUGCAUGCCAAUCAUCUGGUGCAGAAUGAUACAUUUCUCUCUGGCACAUUACAUGUCAAUGGAGAUAGUAUCACCAUCACUUUUGCAAACCCAGCUAUCAUAGCAUUGGUCGGAUACUCCCUACAUGACAGCGAGCAUCAAUUCCACAGGUACAUCGGUGAUGAUCUCAACUUCAAACCUUUACUAGCAAUGUCUGCUACUCUCUGCCUGUGGAUGCUGCAAGAACACAUCAAGGUAUAUGUGUCCCAGUUCAGUGUCCUACCAGCACACAUCGGGCUCAUCAUGCUCACUUUGUUCCACUGCUGGAGGGUAUGUCCACAAUGGAGCUAA